GUGGGUUUUUCUGUCGAUUGUUACGUGUCGCUUUUGUUACAAAGAAAAUCGAGUAAAAAUGGCUCGUUUGUCAAUCUGUUUUGGUUUGAUGUUGAUUCUGAGUUCCGGGACAAUUUGUUCCUCUGCUCUUAACGCAUUUUCCUUGGAAGAUAAACUGCAAGAAUUGGAAGUGAGAUUAGAAGCCAAAAUUGAAGCUAAAAAUGCUCAACUUGAAGCAAAGGUGACACAACUGGAGGCGCAACUUGAACAAAAUAAUGAACUAAGACAAGAUUUGGCAUUGAAAGUUAUACAAUUAGAGGCCAAAAAUGUCCAGCUGGAAGUCAAAAUUGAAAAACUGGAGGCCAAAGUUGAACAACAAGAUUCGCUUUUAACUUCCCUUUUACGAGAGAUACGCACAGCAGCAGCAACCGAUUAUGUUCCAAUUAGCUAUAAUCAAUCGCCAGUUGCCAUCAACGGACUGCCGUCUUCGUGCGCGGAUCUCAAAUUGAUUGGCCACACCCUGAGCGGAAUUUAUUCCGUCAUGGGAUCGGCGAAAAUGGAAUCCGUUUUCUGCGAUUUCACUAAACUACCGGACGAUGCGGGUUUUCAGAAAUGGAUUGGAUUCGUCGACGUCAAAUCGGCGCCCGUCCAUUUCUUCGUCCAGAGAAAUUCAACAUUUAACACAACUAACACUCCGAUUCCGUACGAUUUGGCGGUGGUGAACGAGGGAAAUGCCAUGGAUUUGACAUCAGGGAAAUUCACGGCACCGCGACCAGGAAUGUAUUCUUUCUCUUUCACGGGAGUGGCGCGUCUUUAUUCUUCAUCUUUUUCUUGGUUUUGGUCUCAUCUUUAUUUGAACGGGAAUCGAAUCGGGUCGAGUUUUAUUGAAGAGUUUAACGGCCCCGUUGAUCAAUAUAGUCCGUUUACCCUCCAGUCGACGCUGAACUUGAAAACAGGCGAUCAAUUCUGGGUGGAGAUUUCUUAUUCUUCAGACUCGUAUUUGCGUGACGGCAGCGAUUACCACCACACCCAUUUCACGGGUUUCAUGUUGGAGGAGGAAAUUGUCGCGUCCCUUUGAGGUUCAACUUCAUAGGCGACAUGAAACAUUUUCGACCCCUUCAUCGGCGAUCGAAUGCGCACGUCGACACGAAUUUUUUGGGGGAAAUUCAAGGGGGAAGGGAAGAUAAUUCAUUCGUGUUCCAAUUCAUUAAGGAGUGGCCAUUUCUUAAUGAAAAUUGAACUGUAGAUGUAAUUAGUUUUACUUAAUACACAAACCAAGUUUCAAAAUUCUAUCUGCAAAACUCUAGACGUUAUAAUUAAAAAAACAAAUUUGAUUGUCAGAUUGACAAUAAACGGGAGGCCAAAAUAAAAUGGGAGAAAAUUCAUUCGCGUUUAAUUCGUUUAUAGUUUGGAAUUAAAAAAAAAAUUCUUUUACAGAUGAAUUAAAAUUUUAGUUUUGCGCUCGUCCAGAAAAAUUCGCUUUUCUAACUCUAAAAAUAAAGGUAGGGGACGUGAAAAACCCGAUUUGAUUGCCAGAUAUAAAUAUUCAUUUUAUUUCGUUAUUUUUAAAUUUCUCUUGGAAUUAACACGAACACAAUGCAACUACACAUCUCGCUUAUCUUUAAGGAAGUUUUUACUAUUUCAAUUUGAUUUAAAUAAAUUUUAAUUAUUUACUUCUCACGGUCGCAGGAUGAGAAAAAUAAAGGAAGGGGAGAAAAUUCGUUCGACUCCAAUUCGUGAAGGAGUAAAAAUAUCUUUACGAAAAUUGAACAGAAGAUGCAACUAAUAGAUAUUUGUAAUGCACACACUAAAUUGCAAUUGUCUACCUGUAAAAAUGUGGGCGUGGCAAGUAAAAAACCAAUUUUGAUUGUCAGAUUUAUAAAAGGCGCGUUAGAUAAGAAAUGGGAGAAAAUUCAUUUGCUUCUAAUUCGUUAACGUAUUGGAAAUUUUUCGAAAUUUCUUCACAGUUCUUUGCUCAUUAUAGUUGUGCAUGGCUGAACGCAAAUUCACGCGUCUAUCUGCAAAAUCAAGGGCAGGGAUUUGAAUUUGAUUAAUCCCCCUUCCCCAAAAAUUUAAACUUCAAUUUGAUUGCCGAUCGCAGCUUGAAAUCACAUUAAAAUUAAAGCUGAAACGCUUAUAUAUUUAAAAACAAAAACAAAAAAUUUCGGGACUAAAAAAAAUAGGGAAGAAGAAACAAAUCAAAUCCAAUUCGUAGAGGAGUGGGAAUUUCUUGACGAAAAUUAAAAUGUGGAUGCAACUAGACAUUUUUAAUUCACACAGAAAUUUUCAAUUUUCUAUCUGUAAAAAUGUGGACGUGAUAAGAAGAAAACCGAUUUUAUAUUGCCACAUUUACAAUAUAGAGGGUGGACUAGAAAUGGGAGAUAAUUCAUUCGCCUCGAAUUCAUUUACGGUUUAGAAUUUAAAAAUUAAAUCAAAAUUGCACAUAGAUAAACCGCACGCAUAGCUGAACACAAAUUCGCUUGUUUAUCUGUAAAAAUAAAAGGCGGGGGACGUGAAUCCUCAAAAAAAUUUCUCAAUUUGUUUUCUUAUCGCAGGUCAAAUUAAAUAAAAUCAUCACGAGAA